UAAAAAUUACUCGAAAAUGGUAACAGGGGCUUCAACACUUCCGAUAGUGUUCUUUGAUAGCAAAUACGCGGUGUAAAGUAUGAUGCUUGUUUAUAUUUAAUGAGUCUUAUUACAUGUACAUAUCAGUUCCAAGUCUUUUGCACUAUUUCCCAGUUUAGUAAGACGUAGGAUCAGUGAAGUUACGUACGUUCAGUUCUAUGAUUUUUCUAUUUAAAGACCCUUCUUCGUUUUGAUGAAUCGAUAAUUACAUUUUCCGAUAUGACACUCAAACGUGGGAUCUUAUUACGUGAAUGAUUCUGCUUGUCUAACAAUUCAGUUAGAAACAUUAAAAUGCAAAUCAUAGUUCCUAGUGAAGCAUUCUGACUGGCAAAUUAGACAAAUUUUGAGUGUCAUAGUCUGAAAUUCGUCAUUGCGGAUAGUGCAGACUUACAAAAAGAAUUCAUAGCAAUGUUCGAAUGGGCAUACGAUGGUGUUAAUGCUUCAAUACCACGCAAUGUGGGACCAGAAUGUGCAUAUUACCUAAGUCCAAAGCGAAGAAUCAUUGAAACAUUGAUCAUAUCGAUAUUCAUAAUAACCUUCCUUGUUUGGGGCUAUAAACGAAUUAAAUUGCCAACCAAAGUAUCAUAUGUAAAUCAUGAUUGUGUUGGUAGAAGAGUAUUAUUAAUUAUUAUGUCAUUAGUACUAGGAAUGGAAAUUGGUUUUAAGUUUACCAGCAGGACAGUUGUAUAUAUAUUAAAUCCUUGCCAUAUAACCACAGCUGUACAGUUGUAUUUACUGGCAGCAGAUCCUAGUCCUACAGUCACAGCUAUCUUCAGGAUACAUUUGAACUUUUUGAAUGGACCACUUUUAGCAUAUUUAUUCCCAGAGACAGAAUCUCGCAGAAUAUUUGCUGAUAAAGCAAUGUACUAUAUUCAGCAUGGUUUAAUGGUAGUGAUACCGUAUUACUUACUGAGAAUCGGAGGUGUGUAUAAUGUGGAACCUCUAUCAGACAUGAGCUGGUCCGUUUUCAGUUAUGGAAUAAAUUUAGCUUAUCAUUUCUGGAUUAUCCAAGCCAUUGCUUUGCCAAUACAAGUGAAUCUUAGUCAUAUGUUAUGUGCAGCUAUUCUUGACCCUUUUGAAGGUCAAUAUUAUCGGGUAUGGACGUUUAUUCAUCAAGGAUUACUGUGCCCAUUGUUAUCCAAGUUAUUCAGUUUCGCGUCGAAUUUCUUAAUAACGAAGUUUCCGCCAACUAGAGUAAAACCAACGCUUGAUCGCGUACUUGCAAAAAACAAUAAAGUGGAUGAUAAUGAGAAAUUAUAUGAAGAUGCAAAUACUUCAGGAAAUGGACAUACUCACGUAAAUUAGAUCCAUAUUUCGUAAUUCAUAAUUUCUGCUGCAAUUCAGUGAGUACUUGAUUUAGGAAAAUAGAUAAGUUUCUAUGUCAAUAAUGAAAUGAACACAAGACAUUUUGUGUUUGUCAUUUGUGAAUUCGUAAUUGUACAGUCACUACCUGUAAAGAUCGAUGAUCCUUUUCCUAAAUAAACAAAUUUGUAGUUAUUUUUUCGCACUGUAUGUGUGAUUAUGGUGAAUAGGAACAGUGCAGGGCAAGUUAUGGUAGUAAUUAGGAAUUUAUAAAUCUCAAAUAUGAGUCUGUAACGACUUUUAAAUAGGUGCUACCAUUGCCGUGUAGUACAUUUUUUCCAUUUAGCGGAAGGAGAGUCCGCGAAUUAUCUUACGAGAGAUUAGGAGCAUCCGAUGGUCUUGCAUUUUUGAUGCAUCUGUGAUUAGGAAUGUUAUUUGUAAAACAUUUCCUAUUUAAAAAUGCAGCAUUUAUGUUUAGCAGUGUAACGAUUAAUGUUUAACAAUGCAGCGAUUAAUGUUAUUUCAUACGCUAUAUUUUUUUAUGUGAUGAUUUUUCAGUUUCAGUUUGAAGUAAACCAUAAUUAAAUAUUUCUAGAUAUAUUAUCUCUAUAGAUUAUUGUUAUAUAGAGCUUGUCAUGCAUGCCACUUUUUUUUUUGGAGUAAUUAAAGACUCACUUUCUUCUUUAUUGAGCUUAAAUAUAACAUUAUCUUAAUGCUUAAAAUAAUGUACAGUACCUGUUGUAAUUAGAAGAGGAAUAUACCAAUGAAUUGUGUGAUUUAUUUAUUUUAAGUUUUAAACAUAAUCUUAAUGUAUGUAUUUAUAUAUUUCAGUAUCUUAUUAUUUUUAUAGAAUGAUUUUCAUUCCUUAUUAAAUUCAUCCCUAUUCCAAUUACGAUAAAGGAGAUUUAUUGUGAUAUACAUAUGUAAUGAUUAAUUACAUCAUGUGAUACAAAAUGAAAUAUGAAUAUACUAAUAAUUAAUAAAAGCACUGCUUAUCCAUUUUAAACACAUGUGAUAAAUUGUGUUAAUAGAGUGCAUGUAAUAAAAUAUUUAGAUUAGUUACCCAACUCAUUCCAUAUUAUCAAUCCAUAAAAAUAGUGUUGCAAUGAUUUUAUGUAUACCAACUGCCAAAAGUUUUAUUUAUUACAAUACAUUUUCUCAUGCAACAAUUCAUUCAAAAGUAUUAAAACAUAUAGCAAAUAUCUGUAUAAAAAUUUGUAUGGAACAAUAUAAAAUUCAAAUAAGCAUCAAUAAAUUGUUGUUUUAUAAUUCCUAUAUGUACAUAUAUAAGUAGCAAUUUUAUUAUUAUAAUAUUCGCUAUUUAAAUAACAUUAUCAUAUUUUUGUCGAAUUAUCAAAUCUUCAACUAUUAGUCAUAAAACAAACAUUUGCUCAUAAUAAUGAAAUAACGAAUUCAUAGAAUAAAUUUUAGAAAGUAUUUAUAACUUUUAUGGCCUAAUAAUGAAGAACACUUCUUUCCGGUCCCAAAUUUGGUUUGUUAAAAUUUUUACAUUAAAAAAUAUAUCCAUUUCGAAUUUUGUGAGUGUGUUGCUAUAUUACUAUUUUAAAAUGAAAGAAAAUGUUAUUGUAAAAAUGAGAUAUUUUAACGUUUUCGAUUACAAUUUUUAAUCGUGCGCAUUUUUUAUCAACUAAUUCUUUUGUGUGGAAAAUAAACGUAAUCACGGAAAAACAUUG